GGCAAGCAGACAGCACAGGGCCAGAUGGCUCCUCUCUAUAGUUAGUAACGCCUCUGCCUUUUUUGCCUCUUUCUAUGACAUUCAUGCAUUAGCAAAAUCCCCACCCGUUUGCCUAUUUAAAUACCAUCAAUCUCCCUCCUAUAAUCCCUCCAUUCCCAUUCUCUCCUCUUUCUCUGCUUUCCCCUGUUUACUCUGUUCUUUGCUUUACUUUAUCUUUAUUCCUCUUUGUCUGUGCAGCCAACGACCAUGGUUGUCCUGUCACAGCCUGCAGCAUUAGACCAUUACUCUUUGAUCAAAACAUGCAAGCCUACCAGUGCUUUCACAGGAAUUCCAGUGAUAGACCUGAGAGACCCUGAAGCAAAGACCUUGAUAGUUAAGUCCUGUGAGGAGUUUGGCUUCUUCAAGCUGGUCAAUCAUGGUGUUCCAAUGGAAUUCAUUGCCAGAUUGGAAGCUGAAGCUAUCAGGUUUUUCAAUCUUCCCCAGUCUGAGAAAGACAAAGCUGGUCCUCCCGACCCUUUUGGCUAUGGCAGCAAGAGAAUUGGAUCAAAUGGUGAUGUGGGAUGGAUUGAAUAUCUCCUUCUCAAUACCAAUCCUCAAGUCACCUCUCUCAAAACUCUAAACAUUUUCCGGCAAAACUCUGAAAUUUUCCGCAGCUCAGCUGUAAAUGACUAUAUCACAGCAGUGAAGAGAAUGGCAUUUGAAGUACUGGAAUUGUUGGCUGAUGGUCUGAAAAUUGAGCCGAGGAAUGUGUUGAGUAGGCUGUUAAGAGAUGAGAAGAGUGACUCGUGUUUCAGGCUAAACCACUACCCACCAUGCCCAGAGCUACAGGCAUUGAGUGGCAGAACUUUGAUUGGGUUCGGGGAGCACACAGACCCGCAGAUCAUUUCUGUCCUAAGAUCCAACAACACAUCAGGCCUGCAAAUCUGUCUGAGAGAUGAGACUUGGGUUUCAGUCCCACCUGAUCAGACCUCCUUUUUUAUCAAUGUUGGUGAUGCCUUGCAGGUAAUGACUAAUGGGAGGCUUAGAAGUGUGAGGCAUAGGGUGUUGGCAGACUCACUGAGAUCAAGAGUUUCAAUGAUCUAUUUUGGAGGGCCACCUUUGAGUGAAAAGAUAAGGCCUUUACCCUCGCUAGUGGCAGAAGGAGAAGAGAGCUUGUACAAGGAGUUCACAUGGUGGGAAUACAAGACUUCUGCAUACAAGUCAAGGUUGGCUGAUUAUAGGCUUGGGCUAUUCGAGAAAACUGCAACUACAAGUCAAUGAUGUAGUGAGAUACUCCCAUUUUAGCUAAAACCUAGUGUUUUGUCGAAGUUCGAAAAACAGGUGCCAAAAAAGUUGAUUCGACUUGCCAUAGAUGGAAAGCAAAUAGGUUUCUUACUUUUACUGGCCUUAAAUGUAACAACAGCUGCAAGUUUGUCAUUAUGUCAUCAUGUAUAUCAUUAUGUCAUCAUGUAUAUUGUGAGAUAUGUGAAAUUCCAUAUGUGACCCUAAAAGUUGUUGCUGUUACCUUUUGGUUUCCACUUUCCAUCUUUGAUAUUAGA